AUGUCCAUGUUUGCCGUGAAUAUGAAGCAAUGUCAAGUGCAAGGAGCCCACGACACGACUUGCGUUUAUGAGGCGACAUCGAAGCAAGCUGUUCUUCCGGCGGCGUCGACGGCCAGGCUGUUUGUCCGAGGCGACGGACGCCGACCCGCGGGGCUGCGCGGGCUGCGCUGGCGGCGCGGGCGGCGCAGACUCCCCCGCUUGCCCGGACUGCGCGAGCUGCGCGUCCGUCGUCACAGCGGCCCCGGCCACGCGUCCAGUGCUUGGUGCAGCUUCAACAGCAACCGACUCAGCAGGUGGCGCAGCCUGCGAACACAAGCCACGCCCCGGUCACGCCCCCUUCGGUCGCUCGCCGACGGCCGGGGUUUGGGCUGGAUUUUGCUCGAUACCCCGGAACUGUACUCACAAGCAACAGACUGCAUCGAUUGAAACAAACUGUUCUUUUGACUAUAAGAAGUGGUGAUAUACACAGUGAUAGUAUCCUCAUGAAUAUCAGUGUUGUCCAUCUGUUGUACCUCUUCAUCACUGGAGUGUUUGCAGUAAAAAUAUUCUCUCAUCCUGGCUCGAUUGCACCAGCAUGUCCAGAAAGGGACAAUUGGCCUUGGCGCCGUUCGAUCUCGGGGUUCCCGGUCGGUCACCCAAUCAGGAACCCGUGAUGUCUCGAAUGCGCUUAAACCUCGUGACUUCACGGAGCGUAGUAAACGAAUUCGGCUAGUGACACCUGUGUUGUGCGGUAUUGGUCUUUCAGCAGAACCAUCCUAGCAUACGUCUAGAUGACCGAGGGAAACCACGAAAAAAACAGUAAGGAUAGCUGGCCCGGGGAUUGAUCCCAGGUCUCCCGAAUGCGAUGACAGAACGUUACGCUCUGAGUCUCACGCUCUGUGUCCUGCUGGUAGCCGGGUGCACAGAAUCGGAAGAGAAGAUAACCCUGUCUGACGCGAGUGAUUACAUCGCUUCGUCGAUUAACACGCUUGAGCAUCGGCUCUUGGAUUUGCGCGCUGCCACGUGAACCUGACAGGUGCGUGACAAAGCGUCAGGUGGUGACGUCCUCAAUGGAGUUACCAUUUGCAGUUUCAUAGCGCUUUUUCUAAAAACCAAAACUCGCAUUAAACUUUUAACACACUUUUUUGACGGUAUACUUCGAGUUUUCGAACAUCUUCAAC